AUGAAAGAAGAGGAGACUAUGAGAGAGAGACUGAGUGGUUUGAGGAUAGAAGGGGUGAGUGUUGUUGGUUCUAGCUUACCUCAGUGCAUAAAACUGGCAGACAGUAAGCCUCUGGCCCUGCAGCUGGGAGGAGAUGUUGUGAUUGGAGGGCUUUUCCCUCUGCAUUAUGUAGCGCCUACACCACAGCACAGCUACCGCAGCAAACCUCAGCUCAUACCUUGCAGCGGCUUUGACCACAGAGCCUUCCGCUGGAUGAUGACCAUGGUGUUUGCAGUGGAGGAAAUUAAUCACAAUUCAAGCCUGUUACCAGGUGUUAAAUUAGGUUACCAGGUCAGGGACAGCUGUGACCAUGUCCACACCAGCCUGCAAGCUCUUUUGUCUUUCCUCAGUCACUCCAAAAAUAAUAGGAGUACAAAAUCUCAAACUUUGCCCAGAUGUCUGGUUGAUUCUCCUGUGCCUGCUGUGAUCGGCCUUGCAUCCUCUUCCCCUACAAGAGCCAUAGCUCAAACUCUUGGCCCUUUCAACCUCCCACUGGUGAGUUAUUUUGCCACCUGUACCUGUCUUACUGACAAGCAUAUGUACCCAUCAUUCUUGCGAACUGUGCCAAGUGAUUUAUUUCAAGUUAGAGGACUUGUUCAGCUGGUUACCUUCUUGGGCUGGUACUGGGUGGCCACAAUAGGGACAAUGGAUGACUACAGUCACUAUGGCAUCCAAGCAUUUUCAGAUCAGUUUAGACAACAAGGUGGGUGUCUGGCAUUCCAUCUGACCAUCCCAAAAUCCCCCACAGUGGCCAAGAUACAUGAAAUGGCAGACAGACUUCAGAGUUCAACCACAAAGGUAGUGGUGGUCUUUGCCACUGAGGGACAGCUGCUGGAUCUGCUCUUAGAGCUGGCUCAAAGAAAUGUUACAGGGAUCCAGUGGGUAGCUAGUGAAGCCUGGGUGACCGCUAGCCUGCUGACCUCACCCCGCUUCCACCCUCUCCUAGAGGGCACGCUGGGCUUCUCCUUCCCAGGGGUCAGGAUCCCCGGCUUGAAAGAAUUCCUCCUGAAUGUCCAUCCUUCUCCUAAACCUGGGAUGGAAUUUGUCAACAUGUUCUGGGAAGAGCUGUUUGGUUGCAGGCUAGAGUUUAGAGGAGACAGGUCCAAAGAAAAUGAAGCAGAUACUAUGGAUAAUGUUCCUGUGUGCACUGGUUCAGAGGAUCUGAGGUACACUGACAGUAGUUAUACAGAUGUAUCUCAGGUCAGAAUAUCCUAUAAUGUGUAUAAAGCUGUAUACGCCAUUGCUCAUGCUCUACACACGUUACUGAAUUGUGAUUCUGCAGGACAUAAAAAAGGAAUGUGUGAGACACAUAAGUCAUUUACGUCAAGGCAGUUGCUGCAUCAUCUAAAAACUGUGAAUUUUACAAACCAGUUUGAGGAGAAGGUAUAUUUUGACUCCAAUGGAGAGCCAGUCCCUCUCUAUGACAUCAUUAACUGGCAGAAGGACAAGGGUGAAAUUAGAUUCAUCAAAGUGGGAAGCUAUGACGGUUCCGCAGCAUUGAGACAACAGUUGCAGAUAGAGCAGAGCACCAUUGUGUGGACAAAAGGACAGUCACAGGUGCCUGUUUCUCAGUGUAGUGUUCCAUGCUCCCCUGGUAGCAGGCAGGCCAGACGUCCAGGAGAGCCCCACUGCUGCUUUGAUUGUUUGCCCUGCGCUGAUGGAGAAAUCAGCAACCACACUGGUUCCACAGAGUGCACAAAAUGUCCUGAAUACCACUGGUCAGACAAAGACAAGGUGAAAUGUGUGGCCGGGAUUGAAGAGUUCCUGUCUUUCCAUGAUACAAUGGGCUACAUCCUGGUUACACUCACACUGCUGGGUGUCGUCCUGACAGCCAUUAUCACUGCUGUCUUUCAUCGUUUCCGUUCCACGCCCAUUGUAAAGGCCAACAACUCAGAAAUAAGUUUUUUGCUUCUCCUGUCACUCAAGCUCUGCUUCUUGUGUUCCCUGGUGUUCAUUGGUCAGCCGUCUGUGUGGACAUGUAGGCUUCGCCAAGCAGCAUUUGGGAUCAGCUUUGCCCUUUGUCUGUCCUGCCUCCUCGUUAAGACCAUUGUGGUUCUCUUAGCCUUCCGGUCAAAUGUACCUGGUUCCAGGGCUCUAAAGCUGUUUGGUCCCUCUCAACAGAGGAUGCUAAUUCUCUGUACUACAGCUCCUCAGGUUUGUCUUUGUGCUGGUUGGAUUUUAGGCGCACCUCCCUUCCCAUUCAGGAACCCCAACUACCAAGCCUCAACUGGAAAAAUUGUUGUGGAGUGUAAGGAGCCAUGGCCGCCUGGAUUUUAUCUGGUCCUUGGCUACAUUGGUCUAAUGGCCUUUGUCUGCCUCCUCCUGGCAUUCCUGGGACGCAAGCUACCUGAUAGGUUCAAUGAGGCGAAGCUCAUCACCUUCAGCAUGCUGAUCUUCUGGGCUGUGUGGAUUUCUUUCAUUCCAGCUUAUGUCAGCUCUCCUGGAAAGUUUACUGUGGCUGUUGAAGUGUUUGCUAUAUUAGCCUCCAGUUUUGGACUGUUACUUUGUAUUUUUGUGCCCAAAUGUUACAUAAUUUUAUUCCAGCCCCAGAGAAAUGUUAAAAAAGGCAUGACUGGAAAAUAUCACACACAAAUUUAA